AUGAAAAGAGGAAACCCAGGAGCUCGUCAGGUUCCAUCAAGAUUUAUGACCCACAACCCACGUCUUGAAAGAGAAACUAAAAAAAAAGAAGAGCAGCUAAACACUUCUCUUAACCGAUCAAGAAACUCAAGAAACUCUAGUAUGGAGCUUGAUGAAAGCUUAAAGCUGCAAUCGCGGCCUGCUGUAAGGACUAUCAAGCAUGAGCUGAAAAACUUGGAUUUCCUUCAAACAAUUCUGUAUCAAUGAGCCUAUGCUCUCGGCCUUGCCCAACAAUGCUAUGAUAUUCAGUUCCUCAAAGCCUCAGACCAAUUUUCUGACCGAUGCCAGCAAUUGGUAGAAUUGAAGAAAACUGUGAUGUCUCUUUCCUCAGAUAUAGCAGCGCGAGAAAAGACAAAGCUCCUAGAUGAUGUGCUAUCAAUGGAAUAUUCAUCGUUAAAAGCUGUGGAAGAUGAUAUCUUGAUGACUUCAGCUUAUUUGCAAGAAUUAGAAAAUGCUUCAUAUUUUACCUUGCAUAAAAUGAAACUAGGAGAAAAUGUUAUUGUAAGUCCUUCUGAACUGAUAAAUUGCCUGGAAAAGGCAAGUCUUACCUUAAAACAGAUACAGACUCUUAUUGAUCCUGAAGCACAAGAAAUAAAAAAUCUAGGGAUGGAAAUCGAAGAGUUUCUAAAUGUGGUAACUGAAGAACAAAAAGAAAUAGAGAGAAAUGAGCAGCUUGUGGCAGAGCUACAGAGGCUGUAUGAUAAAGAAAAAAUAAUAAUUGCUGAGAUGGCGAUCGAGAAAAGGGAAAUAGAGAUUGAUGAGCUGCUGUCUGGGUCUUUAAUGUAA